AACAGAGGGGCCCCUGACUUCGAGGAAAGUAUUUACACCUAAAGCUAAAGAAAUUGGUUGGUAAAAAAUCAAUUCCAUUUCUUGUCUUUUAUCUGUCCUGAGAAAUUCAAAAUAUAUAGGGUCUAUCGCACGGAAUCGGCUGGAAAAUACACUGUACGCGGAUCCAAAGGAGCGUUUUGUCACGUGCCUGAGAGUGAGAAUCCCCUUCUAUCAAAUCAUCGAAAGCAUCCAGUGUAGAAAAGAAAAGAAAAAAGUUUUCAUGAAUUUGUGUCAUGUUGAACUAAAUGUGGGACUGUUAUGUUGUUAAUUCAGCUCAACAACAUAGAUACCAAGCACUAUAUAAAUAGGGUCAAAUUUAUACUGUACCUAAGUAAUGAGCAUAUAAAUACAAUGAAAACAUAUGGCUGGACCGCAAAUCGAACCCAGGACGCCUGCAACUCUAGUCAGGAGCUCUACCCCUCAGCUACCUAGGCCAAUUAUAUAUCCAUGAUCUAUAUAGCCCCAGACUACAUAUUGCGAAUUAUCAACUGAUUAAAAUGCCACCACGGCGGUCCAAACGGAUGAGAAUUGAGAUGACAAGGGCGAGCGAAAGUAGAACGGCAAGGACCAGGGAGCAGCGACCCAAUGGUAUAAUGGAUGAUGGCCCAUCAGAACCGGUGCAAACCAAUUCGGAGGUCACGCAACCAUCAAGGACAACGACGUCAUCUUCUUAUGCCAUAUGCAUGGACGAUAUUCCUCCAGCAGUCCCAUCGAUCCACAACAUGCUAGGUAUGCACGUUAGCAACGCAAUUAAACAAAAAAUUAUAGAAGGGCAGUAUAUUGAUCUGGCCUCUCUAUUACCUCCUAGACCUGGUGGGGAUGAGAAAAAAUUAAUUGUAAAUAAUAUGGGGGAAAUAAUAUCCAAGGAUGCUAACCCCAAAAAUGUUGAUACCAUAGAACAGUGGACUGAUCUCAUGUUUAUAUUUGCUGGGAUUUAUCUUAGUGGCCACCCUGCUAAAUCCAUAGAGCUUUUGAAAUACAUGCAUUGUGUUAGGAUGGGGGCUAAUAGGGGAGCAAUGGGAUGGAAAGAAUACGAUGUUCAGUAUAGGUUACGUAUGGCUCAUAAUCCAGCAUCAUCAUGGGAGGAAGUGGAUUCUGAGCUCUGGUUAAUGUACAUGACCCCAACUUCAACCGUUAAUGCUCCUCAAACCCUGCCCAGAGCUACAUCCAUAGGAAAGUGCUACAACUUCAAUUUCAAAGGGUCUUGCGAAAAGUUUCCUUGCACGUACACUCACAGUUGUUUACGUUGUAGCGGCCAGCAUGCUAUGAUACACUGCACUCUUGCUCAAACUCAUAUGCAUAAUUUUCGUGCCCCCAGAUUCCCAACACAACAUGCUAACAAUCAACCCAGGACACAACAAUCGCAUUUCAGGGGACCCCAGAACCCCAACAACCUGCGCCCCCGUUUUUGAUUUACAAACCCACAAGGUGUGGGGCCUCGGCAAAACCCCUAUUAAACUCCCGGCACUUGAGAAGUACUUGUCAGAUUAUCCAAAAACUCAGACUGCGAAAAAAUUAUUUUAGGGUUUUCCCAGGGUUUUCAAUUAUAUUACACGGGGCCAAGAAUUCAUAUUCAAUCAAAAAAUUUGAUAUCUGCGUAUGAACAUCACAACGAGCUUCGAGAAAAAAUAAUGAAGGAAGUAGAAUUAGGACGGGUUGGGGGGCCAUUUCGGGAUCUACCAAUUUCAAACCUCCGCAUAUCUCCUAUCGGAGUGGUGCCAAAGGGGGACAAAUCUGGUUGGAGAUUUAUAACACACCUCUCAUUUCCUAAAUUCAAUAGCGUAAAUUUUUUCAAAGACCCAGAGGAAAGCUCAGUUAAAUAUACAUCUUUUGACUCGGUUAUACAGAUGAUUGCUAAAAUUGGUCAGGGGGCAUUUAUAGCAAAAUGCGAUAUAAAAUCAGCUUUUAGACUUUUGCCAAUAUGUCCAGGGGAUUUUGACCUACUUGGUUUUAUGUUUGAUGAUAUGUACUACAUUGAUAAGUGUUUACCAAUGGGGUGUUCUGUGUCAUGUAAGGUCUUUGAAGAAUUUGCAACAUUUUUAAACUGGUUGGCAAUAAUAAAAUCUCAUGUAGACACAUUAAUAGACUACUAUUUGGACGACUUCAUAUUUGCGGGUCACAAUGCUUCUGUUUGUAAGGACACCAUGUCUACAUUUCAUAGUAUUUGUCAUGAUAUAGGGGUACCUUUAGCUGAGGAUAAAACUGUAGGUCCUACCACUUGCUUAACAUUUUUAGGUUUGGAAAUCGACACUAUUGAAAUGCUGGUUAGAGUACCUUAUCCAAAAUGUGUUGAACUCCAAAAUCUUUUAAAACAAUUGUUCCCACUCAAAAAAGUCACACUUAAGCAGUUGCAGUCAGUGCUGGGAAAACUUAAUUUCUUUACAAGGGCAAUUCGGCCAGGCCGUGCAUUUGUACGGCGCCUGUAUGACGCCACCAUCGGUGUCACGGAACCACAUCAUUACCUAAGAGUUACUCAAUCUAUGCGGGAGGAUAUUUUUAUGUAGUGUAGGUUUUUGGAGGAUUUUAACGGUGUGGUUUAUUUCUUAGAAGAAGAAUGGUAUUCAGAUCAAAAUCUUAAUUUGUUCACCGAUAGCUCAGGGUCUGCUCAACUAGGAUGUGGGGCGUAUUUGAAUGGGGAGUGGUGUUUCUUUAGUUGGCCCAAAAAUUGGAAAUAUAUCGAUGGGCAUCACGACAUGACCCUAUUAGAGUUUAUCCCUGUGGUUUUAUCUGUUAUCAUUUGGGGCAACAAAUUAGCCAACAAAAAAAUUACAUUUCACAUAGACAAUCAUGCAUUGGUUGCAGUUUUGAACAAACUAACCUCUAAAUCUGAGCUUGUCAUGGUAUUAGUUAGAGCAUUUGUCUUAAAAUGCAUGCGACACAACAUUUUAUUUCGUGCUGAAUAUAUUUCAACUAAAUCUAAUAAUAUUGCUGAUGCCAUUUCUCGUAAACAGUGGACCAGGUUUCGCCAGACCGCACCAAACGCAAGGAGGGACCCCGAACCCAUCGCCCAGUCAUUUCACAACCUUAUUUCAAGUUUGAACUUGAUCGGCUGCUAGAAGCUACAAUAUCCGAUAACACACACAGGGUUCAAAAAGUCGGUUUACUGUCGUAUCAAAAAUUUUGUCAUCAGUUCGCACUUGCAUAUUGGCCUCUAACACUAUGUUCGGUGGUUCAGUACUUAUUGCAUCUAUCAACAUCUGGCCUUGCUUAUUCAACGGUGCAUUCGUAUUUGUCUGCAAUUUCUUACCACUGCAAGUUACAAGGAAUAAGGGACCCAACUUCUCACUUUUUAGUUACAAAGCUUUUGCAGGGCAUGAAACGAUUAAAUCACAAUUCUGAUACAAGACUGCCUAUAACUAAAGACUUGCUUGAAAAAAUAAUUUUGGUUUUACCCACUACAUGCACUAAUUCUUAUGAAACAAGUCUUUUCUCGGCAGCAUUUUCACUGGCAUUUCAUGGUUUAUUUCGCGUCGGUGAAUUGACUGUUAAAUUCCGAACAAUAUUGUACUUGGUAUGGAAAAUCUAACUCUAGACCCUGAUAAACAGCUAUUGUUAAUCAAUCUCAAUCAUUCCAAGACUGACCAGGUAGGAAAAGAUACCAUUUUGCAAAUUGGUAAAUCUGAGGGAGUUGCGUGUCCAUUCAAGCUUGUUGAGAAAUAUUUAAGUGUCCGUCCGUUGACUGCAGGGCCUCUUUUUUGUCACUUCGCAUACCAAAAUUCUAACUCAUAGGCUUUGCUUAUCUAUUGUAGACAAACAAAAAGUGUGGUUAGUGGGGUCCUCAAUACUGAAGCAUGCUCAAUUAGAAGCAUUUUUAAGACCUGGAGGUCUUCACCUGAACCUGAAAAGGCUAAAUAUUUCAUUAUGGUGGCAGGGGUACAGUGGCCUGAAAUU